CGAAGAGACGUGCUGCUGAAAACCACGCAUUUUAUUAGUUGCGUCUCUACCUCCAUUCCCGUAAAUUUUACUUCUGAGCAACCUUGACAAUGUAUGCGCAGUGUGUCAUCCCCACGUGCAGUGAAAGAAAAAAAAAAAUGCGAUUUUAUUUUUGUUCUGUAAAAAAUGGCCACUUUGUAACGCACAUAUUUCAAUAGCUUGCUGUGUUAUUUUUUGUUGGUUUUAGUUCCAACAUAAUGAGUUUAGAAAUUAGAAACCUGAGCGACAUCACUGCUCCUCUCGCAACCGAGAGUUUCCCGACCCCGUACCCGCACAGCCUCACCGCCACGCUGGAGUCGGAACCCAAGGAAUGGAAGCUCGACUGGAGCUAUACAGUGACUGAGAUUCUAGUGGCCGUCGUCGCGGUCAUCGGGAACGCUCUCACCGUAACUGUCUUCGCCGUGGACCGUAAACUCAGGCGACUGACAAACUAUUAUAUCGUAGCCUUGGCAGUUGCUGACUUUUUGGUGGGGGUCCUUGGUAUUCCCUUUGCCAUCCUGACGUCGAUAGGACUCCCCAAACCAUUAUGGCCUUGUCUGCUGAUGUUGUCGACGCUCCUGGUCCUGUGCACCACCUCCAUCUUUUGCCUGGUGGCGGUGAGUGUGGACCGGUACUUGGGCCAUCCUGUAUCCGCUCAGGUACUCCAGGGUCAUGACCGCGAAGAUUGCAAGGUGUCAUUUAAGAAUGAAAGAAUGAACAAAAGAGUAAACAGGAAAAGAAAACCGGAACAGCCUGAAGGUCCCUGGCUAGGAACGUAG